AUGGGCAAGAAGCCAUUAGGAUUAAAUUCAGAAGCGGUUUCCCUUGUUCUAAGGCCAGCACGGGUGCCAUCAACUUCAAGAUACCUGAAUCCAUGUGUCGUCGGUUUUGUUGUCGUAGCAGUGGUGUUGAUUCUAGCAGUGACCAUAGGUCUACUUGUUCACUUUUUAGCUUUUGAUGAAAAACCUUACUUUUACCGCAGCAGCUUUCAAAUCUUAAAUGCUGAAUAUAGUGAUCAGUUACAUUCACCAGGUACACAGGAAUACCGGACUUUGAGUGGAAGAAUUGAAUCUAUGAUUAGUAAAGCAUUCAAAGAAUCAAAUUUAAGCAAUCAGUUCAUCAGAGCUCAUGUUGUCAAACUCAGGCAAGGUGGUAAUGGCGUGAUAGCAGACGUUGUCAUGAAGUUUCGAUUCACUAGAAGUAACAAUGGAGCAUCCUUGAAAAGCAGAAUUGAGUCUGUUUUACACCAAAUGCUGAAUAACUCUGGAAACUUGGAAAUAAGUCCUUCAACCGAGAUAGCAUCACUUACUGAUCAAGAUGCUGCAGAUAUUUUCACGAAAGAAUGUGGGGCCCGUCCAGACCUAAUCACACUGUCCGAUGAGAGAAUCAUAGGAGGCUCUCAGGCUGAGGAAGGAGACUGGCCAUGGCAAGUCAGUCUACAUCUCAAUAAUGUUCACCACUGUGGAGGCAUCCUGAUCAGUAACACAUGGAUCCUGACAGCGGCUCACUGCUUCAGAAGCUACUCUGAUCCUUAUCCAUGGACUGUCACCUUUGGUCUUUCUACAACUUAUCCUAAACAGAGAAUAAGCGUAAGGACUAUUAUAGUCCACAACAAUUAUAAAUCUGAAACUCAUGAAAAUGAUAUUGCACUUGUACAACUUAACAAAGGAGUCACCUUUACCAAAAAUAUCCAUAGUGUGUGUCUCCCAGCAGCUACCCAGAAUAUUUUGCCCGGUUCUACUGCUUAUGUAACAGGAUGGGGAUCUCUAACAUAUACUGGCAACACAGUUACAGAUCUACGGCAAGCGAAAGUUCAAAUAAUAAGCAAUGAUGUCUGUAACUCACCAGCUAGUUACAAUGGAGCUGUUUUGCCUGGAAUGCUGUGUGCUGGAGUUCCUGAAGGUGGAGUAGAUUCCUGCCAGGGUGACUCUGGUGGCCCACUAGUACAACAAGACUCACGGCGGCUUUGGUUCCUUGUGGGAAUAGUAAGCUGGGGGUUUCAAUGUGGCCUGGUAGAUAAACCUGGAGUGUACACUCGAGUGACAGCCUACCGUUACUGGAUUGCCCAACAAACUGGGAUCUAGCCCGAUAAAUGUAUCUUUGUUGCAAAGUCUGUUUGCAGGUGUGCCUGUCUGA